AUGGCGGAUUAUGAUGGUGGCAUUCUAGCUGUUGGGAUAAAUGUAGAUAUACAAAGAACAGAUGGUCGUGUACAUUCGGCUAUUGUGAGUGGUAUAAAUCCCAACACGAAAAGUGUGACAGUAGAAUGGUAUGAAAAAGGAGAAGCUAAAGGAAAGGAGAUAGAAUUGGAAGCAAUACUUCAAUUGAACCCGAAUUUGCGAUAUUCAUGUCCCAUCGUAGAUAAUGUUUGUGGGACUGCUGAUAUCAGUCGAAACAAUGUAGUUAAAGAAGUUCCGAAUUCCUCACACCGUCCUGGAGUCAAUCUUCCUACUGAUAUACGUCAGUCGCAAAAUUCUGUUCCUGUGGCGGCUUCUGCCCCUGUUCUCGCUCCAUCUAGUAACAAAGUUAACGCCACUCAAAUAGAAUACUCAUCUAAUAAUCAAUCUCGUUUGAUUGCUCCAUCAACACGCGUUCCUGUCCCAUCUUCUCGUGUGCCUAUUAGCCAUGUUCCCACUCGCUCUACAACAAUAUCAGCCUAUGAUGACCGUACAAAUAACUCCUCUCGACCUCAAGCUUCUCUCCCGGUACAUAAUUCUGUGGAUAUUAGUCACACUCACAAUGAAGGAUCCCGUUAUAAUGUACAUCAACAUCGUGCAAUUUCUGAUGAGCCAAUGGAUGAAGAUAUGGAACCAUCUGAAUCUGUUCAACUGGACCACAAUGAUUAUAAUCAUGUGACCAGUAUGUUACGGGAACCUGAAAAUAAUACUUUACUCACUGAACGAAUGGAACAGGAUAUGGGUGAUGUAAUUGAAGAUAACCUUCAAUCAGGAAUAAUCAAUGGGAACCGUGGCUUUGCAGGUGAUGCUUCCCGCCGUCUGAUAGGUCGCGCAAAUUCUAAUUUAGGCGCACCUACUGUAAAUAGUACAUUGUCUGCACUGAAUACAAGUUCAGUUACUGCUGCUCCUGGUAUUAACGCUGGUGGUAGUGGAACUUUACGCAAGUCUAAUUGUGUGAAAGAAAUCGAGCGAAUACAACAGCGACGUGAAGAACGGCGUGCUGCCCAGAAAGCAGUUCGUGAUCAAAUUGAUUUAGAUCCAACCAAUCCUAGUUAUGAGUUUCAUAUGAUGAUUCAUGAAUAUCGAAAUACAUUGGAAUACAGACCCUUAACCAAUGCAGAUCUAAUAGAAGAUCAUCAAAUAUGUGUUUGUGUACGUAAACGUCCGAUGAACAAGAAAGAACUUGGCCGUCGUGAAAUCGAUGUGAUCACAGUCCCGAAUAAACAACAUGUACUUGUCCAUGAACCAAAAACUAAAGUUGAUCUAACGAAAUAUCUUGAAAAUCAACAAUUUCGUUUUGAUUAUGCAUUUGAUGAUACAUCGGAUAAUGAACUCGUGUAUCGGUAUACUGCGAAACCUUUAGUGGAAUGUAUAUUUCAACGUGGCAUGGCCACAUGCUUUGCUUAUGGUCAAACAGGAUCUGGGAAAACACAUACAAUGGGUGGUGAAUUUCAUGCUCGUGGCCAACAAAAUUGUUCUAAUGGAAUUUAUGCAUUAGCAGCUGCUGACGUCUUCGAUUUGAAUACAACUACGUAUAGGAAUGAGAAUCUUCGAAUUGUUGCAACAUUUUUCGAAAUAUACAGUGGAAAAGUUUUUGAUUUGUUAAAUAAGAAAGCCAAACUUCGAGUUCUGGAAGAUGCUAAAGGUCAAGUACAAAUAGUUGGAUUACGUGAAGAAGAAGUCAAUUCAGUUGAUUGUGUUUUAAAACUUCUACAACAUGGUGCACAUAUUCGAACUAGUGGUCAAACGUCAGCUAAUCAACAUUCUAGUCGUUCCCAUGCUGUUUUUCAAUUGAUUUUAAAAAAACAAUCUACGGGAAAAAUUCAUGGUAAAUUUUCACUAAUUGAUUUGGCCGGUAAUGAACGUGGUGUGGAUACAAGUAGUUCUGAUCGACACACUCGAAUGGAAGGCGCUGAAAUUAACAAAAGUCUUUUAGCUUUAAAAGAAUGCAUUCGUGCUCUUGGCCGACGUGGUGCACAUCUACCUUUUCGUGCAAGUAAAUUAACUCAAGUACUACGUGAUUCAUUUAUUGGAGACCGUUCUCGAACGUGUAUGAUUGCUAUGAUAUCACCUGGUAUGUCCAGCUGUGAACAUACAUUAAAUACACUACGUUACGCUGAUCGAGUGAAAGAACUUGGACCAGGAACUUUGUCAGCAAGUAACAGUAAUACCGAUCUACCGGCAACUGGUAAUACUAAUCAACCACAGUUAUCAUCUCGUGCUGUUGCUGGAGGCACGGUGACUCCUCAAAUCAACUUUCGGAAUCCUCCAAGUACUAAUAUAGGAACAAGCGGGAAUAUCUUGUCAAAAAAUUAUUAUCUUUCAUCCAAUAAUAAUGAUUUUAGUAAUAACAACUGGCAGAAUGAUACAUUAACAAAUAAUCAUGUCAAUUUAAUUGCUGGCGGUGAUGGUGAUUUAGCUAUGCUUCGAUCAGCCAAUGAAGGUGAAGUACCUGAGGAAGUUCUUCAUUUUCAUGAAGUCAUCGAUCAGAUUGAACGUAUGGAAGAAGAAAUUUGUGAUGAUCACAAGGCUGUUUGUCAUUCCAUGAGCGAUUGGACUAAAGAACAUUAUUCUUUAUACAAAAUAUCGAAUCAAGUGGAGUUCGAUGUUGAAGAAUAUAGUGCUCGUUUAGAAUAUCUACUUAGUAAACAAAUUAAAAUUUUAUCCUCUUUAAGAGAUAAAGUGACAUUAUGGCGCCGUGAUCUAAGACAAGAAGAAGAAUUAAGCACUAAUCUACAACGAAAUCAUAAAUUAUAG